UCAUUUCUCAAAGACCAAAACUUUUACCUCUCGCAGUCCUUAAUUCAUCACAAACAACAACUUAGAAAAAAUCUCAUCAUAUCAAGCCACAUUCAACAAUGGCUGAAGAAGAUCCACAAGAAAAGGUCGACCGUGAGCGCAUUUUCAAGCGCUUCGACACCAACGGUGAUGGGAAAAUCUCUGCAUCGGAACUAGGGGAUGCAUUGAAAACCCUCGGCUGCGUGCAAUCGGACGAAGUGAAAUUUAUGAUGGCGGAGAUUGAUACCGACGGUGACGGCUACAUUUCGUACCAGGAGUACAUAGCUUUUGCUCUAGCUAACCGUGGUUUAAUGAAGGAUAUUGCUAAGAUAUUUUAGUUAUAUGUUCCCUUCAAUUUAUAUAUGUCAUUCUCUUUUAUAUGUGUUUAUGUGACUCAUUCCAUGCCUAUGAGACGUGCAUUGAUUGUUUUUCUUCAUUUUGAAUUUUUCUAGAACAGAAAUGCUUUGGUAGUUUAACUGUAAACUUCUUAUUUUAUCAUCCUAUAUAUAUGGUACAUUUAAUUCAAGUGUACCCUUACCAAUUGAAA